AUGAGUUUGGGGUUCAUUGAAAACCCCAAGAAUGAAAUUGACCUAGCCGGGGUUCCCUAUUUUAUAACCGCCGAGGAAGUAACUAAAAGCGAAACUGGUCCUGAUUGGCGAAGAGUCUUCCUCUACCUCAGCUACAUUCUAGUCGCCCUUGAAGAACACCCCCUCAACCGAGCCAAUCUCUCCCAACUAAUUCGCACAAACCGAUAG